ACAAAAGACAAGAAGCGCGACGCGUCACCUCGAGCGAGCAUCAGCGCGGCUGUAGCGUGGUGCGCGUCAGGAUUGACUGAAGCUGAGCUGAAAACAGCUAGAAAACACAUUUCUCCUGAGCUCUGGAUAAGACAAACAUCUGCAUUCAGUGGUCUCUCAAGAAUGGAAAAGAGUCUUCUGCCUGGACCAAAAGACAUUGUGAUGGCCACCCCACCGAGUUCAUUUCAGCAGGAGCCGCUCACGCCUCCAAGAUCCUCUCUUAAGCCCAACCAAGUUGGUCAUGUCAUCCUCUACGGGGUGCCUAUUGUCUCGCUGGUGAUUGACAAUCAAGAGCGGUUAUGCCUGGCUCAGAUAUCCAAUACCCUGUUAAAGAACUUCAGCUACAAUGAGAUCCACAAUCGUCGAGUGGCUCUGGGCAUCACCUGUGUGCAGUGCACCCCGGUCCAGCUGGAGAUCCUCCGGCGGGCGGGCGCCAUGCCCAUUUCCUCCCGCCGCUGCGGCAUGAUCACCAAACGGGAAGCAGAGCGACUUUGCAAAUCUUUCCUGGGUGAGAAUUCCCCACCCAAGCUGCCAGACAACUUUGCGUUCGACGUGACGCAUGAAUGCGCUUGGGGCUCCCGGGGAAGUUUCAUCCCGGCGCGCUACAACAGCUCCCGGGCCAAAUGCAUCAAGUGCUCCUACUGUAAUAUGUACUUCUCCCCAAACAAAUUCAUCUUCCACUCGCACCGCACACCCGAGGCCAAGUACACGCAGCCGGACGCUGCCAACUUCAACUCCUGGCGUCGGCACCUUAAACUGACAGACAAAACGUCACCGGAGGACCUGUUGUUUGCCUGGGAGGACGUAAAAGCCAUGUUCAAUGGAGGAAGUCGCAAGAGGGCGCUUCCGUCCUCUAACUGCUCGCCCAUGGGCUCUGUCAAGGCCAUGAACUCAGUUCUGCCCCACAUGAUUUCUCCGGAACUGGCCCAGAAGAGAAGCCGGUACGAGGACGAUGAUGAGUUGGACACCAACAGCCUCUCGCCCCGAAAGGCCCCCCGCAGUUACCCGGUCAUUCCGGUCCCGAGCAAAGGUUUCGGGAUGUUGCAGAAGUUCCCAACAACGUCACUAUUCCCCAGCCCCUACACCUUCCCAGCAUUCGGCUUGUGCCCGCAGAAGAAGGACGACAGCGAGGCAACCAACGGACAGAAAAACAGUGGCCUCUCAGGGCUCCUUUGGCCCGGCCGCAAGGAUGCUUUUUACCCACCCUUCUGCAUGUUCUGGCCUCCGAGGGCAACUGGUGGUAUUCCGGUGCCCACUUACCUCCAACCCCAAACCAAUGCCCUUUCCUCCCUCACAGAGAGUUCGUCUCUCAGACAAGCCUUUUUGGAUCUGUCUGAACAGGGCAAUGCCAGCUUGGAAACGAACCCCAGAUCCGGGCUGUUUGAGCGUGACUGUCCGCCCGUGACCUCCGACCUCCGCCCCGCCCCGGAGGGCUGGCUAAAGUUGCUAGACACUCCUUCGCUGCAAGCCCGCAAGGCCAGUUACCACUCCGCAUUCCGGCCAGUGGUCAAAGACACAGAAAGCAUUGCCAAGCUCCAUGGCAGCCUGGAGGACUUUGGGCCGGAGAGGCACCUUUCUCCUGGCACCAGCUGCAGCUACCAGAGCGACAGCGGUGAAAGCGACGAGGAGCAGGAAGUGGACGUGGAGACGAAACAGGACGAGGAACAGGAGGACUUCAUCAGCCGUGCGGCGCAGACGCCCCUGCACAUGCGCGGGCUUCCCGACAGCAGCACGGGGGAUCAGGCCAAAGAACAACCCUCCUUCCCAACCGUUCCUGCCGAGACCUCAGCAGAGGACAAACCCGGCCUCGCUGUCAGUCCGCCCACCAUCCUCAAAGUCCCCAGCCCCGUUCACGGCUCGCUGGAGGAAAGCGCCGUGUACAGAAAUGCUCACAAGAGCAGAGACGAUGGGCUGCCGGCAUAUGCAAGCAAAAACAAAAGCACCAUCUCAGAACUGACACGACUGGAUGCUUGCAGUGCCUUAUAA